AUGAAUUCAGUAGAUAAUUUUUUUCAUUUGAGUUGGAGAAGACUGGCUAGGAGACAAGAACAGUGGCUUGAUUUAUGCACAUGUAAGUAAAGGAAUGAUCCUAACUGGUGAACCUCAAUUUUAGCAAUUGCAGAAGAAAGGUCUUAAAAGUUCAGGCUUCCAUAGGAUUCUAAUCCCUACCUUCCAGAUAAUAGUUGGAUGCUAUUGUCAACUGAGCUAUGAAAUCACACAUAGGGAGUGGGGUACAUAAGAGAAGGUUUUACUUUAUUAUGAAAUUUUGUUGGGCUGAAAUGAUAAUUUUAUGAAAGGUCAAAGAAAGGUAAAAAGGUAAGCAGUUUAAGGAACCCAAUUGAAUCAUUCUGAUUCAUUAACAGCACCACCUUCAGCAAUGCCCAGAGGUGGACCAGCAUCCUACCACUGCCCUUACUGUGGUCAAGGAAGGAUAUUCUGUCCACUCAACUAAAUGGUGCAAUAAGCUCAUGAUUAAGCAAUGACUUUCACAUGCAUUGACAUAAGAAAGAUAGAAACAGUGCAAAGUCACACUGUGGCAUCCCAUAAUGAUCUGAUACACUGUUUGCUUGAAUUGAGAUUGUUAACUCAUUUCCUUCCAUUGAGGUAUUGACAAAAUGACCAAAUUAGACAUGCGCAACUUAUCUCAGUCUAGAAGAAGGCUUACUUAAUUACAAAACAAAUUUUUAGAUGGUACUGUUUUAAGUGCUAGUCCUAUGAUGUAAAUCUUACCAUGGUCAUACUCAUUAGAAGCUUUCUACUCCACACCUAUAUUCAUGAUUGGUCUAAUAACCUCACAUGAUGAUGUGAUGUGUAAAACUAAUUUGAAUUUGUGUAAAAUAAUAAAAGGGCAGAAUGGGUCACAGAUUCUGUAACAAAAAUGAACAAAUAUUAUUUCUAAUUGAAUGAUUAUUUUUUUCCAGAUUCAACCUUUGUAUCAAAGCAGGUCCUUAAAGAUUAUUCACAAGAUUAGUUUAGAUUCCAAAUAAAUAAAAUCUAUUGUUUCUUCCACUUAUGCACUGCAAUUCUAGGAGCUCCUUGAAUUUUAAUAACAUUGUAAAAAGCCAACUGCUUUGUUUUAAUAAAGCAGGUUCAAUUAUUAAUGAAAAGUUUUGUCUAGAAGUUGAGAACAAUGAAAACAUUAAACCUCUGGAGACUUUUUCAUUUUUGGAGCUCCCCUUUUAGAUGUAACCCUGGUAAACAUUAAAAAAAAACUGCUAUUCCAUGAUUUGUACACAGCUGUCAGGUCUGAUUACUUGACGCCAAUAGAUUUUGUGAUCGAGCUGGUGGACUAUAACCUAUUUAUGUCCAGUGGGAAAGUAGAGGCUGGACUAGUUAAAAUGACUCUCAGGCAAGUGGAUGCUAGUCAGAACUUGUCCACAGCUCUUAAAAACUGUGCCCUCAGGUGUUUUCAAAAGUAG